GCAGCGGCUACCGAACCAUUACCAAAAAAUAUAUUGACGAAAAAGGUAAUUUUCAGGAAACCCGCCAAGAAAAAACUGGUGAAACUGACCAAAUUACGGCUCGAGCCAUUUUUUAUCGAGAAAUUAUUCGUAAACUUCCCCAAGUUAGGGGAAUAAUUUUACUAGACGACCCCAAAUUCGAUGCUCUAAUUGGCUUUAAAUCUAACGUUUACGAGCAAAUUGUUAAAGUUGCAGAUGAA